ACUACUCGCGGCCAAACAUCCAUACAUUUUUUUCGCAUUUCGCGAUUCUCUGCUCUGCAUCUUCUUUCUCUUGGGACCAAAGAGUGUCUGCUUGUAUAAAGCAUGGUCAUGGAGCUUAAGCCCGGCAUGUCCGCUAUCGUUACGGGCGGCGCCUCCGGCAUUGGGAGAGCAAUCAGCUUGGCCCUUGCUCGGAAAGGCCUCUUCGUGACAGUUCUUGACUUUUCCGAAGAGAGGGGAAAGGAUGUUGUUUCUUUAAUUGAAAAGGAGAACGGCAAAUUCCAUCAAAACUCAAGUAUCCCUUCAUCUAUGUAUAUUAAGUGUGAUGUUACAAAUGCAAGAGAUCUAGCUGCUGCUUUUGAGAAGCACACGUCGACAUAUCAAAGUUUGGAUAUAUGUGUAAAUAAUGCUGGAAUUGGUACUCAGGUUCUAUUUCACCAUGACAAAACUGAUGGUAGUAGUACGUGGAGGCGUACGAUUGAUGUGGACUUGGUUGCAGUUAUCGAAUGCACUCGUCUAGCGAUCCUAAGUAUGCGGACUGCUAAGAGGCCUGGGGUUGUUAUAAAUAUUGGUUCUGCUGCUGGCCUUUAUCCAGCGUAUCCUGAUCCUGUCUACUCUGGUGCAAAAGGUGGUGUGGUUUUAUUUUCUAGAUCACUUGCUCCAUUGAAGCGGGAAGGAAUUCGAGUGAAUGUGCUUUGUCCGGAGUUUGUGGAAACUGAUAUGGGAUCAACGGCGGACAAGAGAAUUCUUAAUGCAGCUGGCGGUUUCAUACCUAUGGAAAUGGUGGUGAAUGGUGCAUUGGAGCUUAUUACAGAUGAAACUAAGGCUGGUGCUUGCCUAUGGAUUACAAAACGUCGAGGCUUGGAGUAUUGGCCAACACCUGUGGAAGAAAAAAAGUAUAGGAUACCAUCAUUGAGAUCAAAAAAGAGCUCCAACUAUAUCCCUCCCUCCAACAUUGAUGUUCCCAAUGCUUUUGAAAAAGUUGUUGUUCAUACUCUUAGUCAUGAUUUCCGGUCAGCCACUAAAAUUGUGCGCACACAAUUGAGUUUACCAAUUAAACCGGAGCAUGCUCUUGUCAAAAUCAUCUAUGCUGGAGUAAAUGCAAGUGAUGUAAACUACAGCUCUGGACGCUAUUUUAGUGGUGAUACUAAAGAAAUUGCUGCACGCCUUCCCUUUGAUGCGGGUUUUGAGGCUGUAGGUUUAGUUGCAGCUGUAGGUGAACAUGUCCAAUUGAGGUUAGGCACUCCUGUUGCACUAUUAGCUUUUGGAAGCUAUGCUGAGUUCACAGAGGUUCCAGCAAAGUAUCUUCUUCCUGUUCCCAGGCCAGAUGCAGAAGUUGUCAGCAUGCUUUCAUCUGGUUUGACAGCUUCAAUUUCUUUAGAAAAGGCUGGAAAACUAACGUCAGGAGAAGUAGUUCUGGUUACUGCAGCUGCUGGGGGCACCGGACAAUUUGCGGUUCAGCUAGCAAAACUAGCUGGAAAUAAGGUUGUUGCAACUUGUGGCGGUGAAAGCAAAGCUAAGCUUUUGAGAUCUCUUGGAGCUGAUCGUGUAAUAGAUUACAGAAAGGAAAAUAUAAAAGAUGUACUGAUAAAGGAAUUUCCGAAGGGUGUUGAUAUUAUCUAUGAAUCUGUUGGAGGAGAGAUGUUUAAUGUCUGCUUAAAUGCGUUAGCAGUCUAUGGGAGACUAAUUGUAAUCGGAAUGGUUUCUCAGGCAGCACCUGCUGUUCCGGAUGAAAAACAGCAAGGAGUGUGGUCAGCUGCUGGGACAGCGAUGUACGGAUGUCAGAAGAUUUUUGGUUUUGAGAAUUCUAUGUGGACUGUCUCUGGCAUCCCCUUUUCCCUUCUAGGUUUGUAUCCGAGAACAGGUGGUGCUCUGACUGUAUCAUGUUUCGAGUGGUGGUGGCUGUUAGGGGCUUGGAAAGGUGGAGGCGAGGUCAGGAAGGUGCAGGGCUAUGGGGAAACAAUGGCAAGACAGUGUCAGCUUGCUAUCUUGGGCGGAAGCAAGCAAGGAAUUGCUGUAACUGACAGAAAACAGCACGAAUCAGCUGUCCCGAGGGGAUGGAAUGAGGGAAGGCAGCAGUGGGGUGACUUUCCUGGGAUAGCAGCAUGUCUGGAAGAGAAGGUGCGCUACCACAGGAAAACAGAGAUUUCCAGCAGUUUUGGAAGGAACAGUGAAGGGGUGACGGGGAUUGAUGAGGCGGGAUUUUUUCUGAAUAACUAUAGUCACUUAUGGCAUGAGCAUGUAAAUAGACUCUUUGAUCUUUACUCUUCUGGAAAACUUAAGGUUGCUGUGGAUCCUAAGAAGUUUUUGGGUCUUGCUUCCGUAGCUGAUGCAGUUGAGCAUCUACAUUCUGGUCAAAGCCUUGGCAAGGUGGUGGUGUGCAUCGACCCAGCAUUCGGUCAGCAAAAUGCAAAAUUAUAAGCAUGUAUUUAACGAAAUGAUAAAAUGGUUGUGGAAACGAAGGUGCUUUAUUAUUAUUAUCACUCAUUCUGGUUUUGAUUGUUACCAGGGAACCAGUUCAAUAAAAUUCAUUCAGGUAGAGUGAGUUGAAAUGCCCCGAAUGUAUGAAUUAAUACACGUCCAAUAAUAAACUGCUUUUAUAAUUCUAUGUUUUAUAGUUUU